AUGGCGACUAUGGAGAACCCACCAAAGGUCGACGCGCUGCAGCAGAUUUACAUUGAACUUCUGGAAAAGCGGAUCGCUCAACUUGAAGCCGCCGUCAACCAAUCUGCCUCCAAAGAUGCUGCGACUGACUCAGAGGAUGACUCGCCUCGCUACCGCAAUAUUCUACGAAUGUGGGAUAAGAAGGCAGGUGCAUUCAAAGAUACCUUGGUCGGCGCGAAGACCUUCAUCACACCCGAGACCAAAAAUACCGCAUACACGUUUCGUCGUGUAUAUAACCCGGAUACGGGAGAGAAAGGCGCGUAUAGUGAGAUUGAAAUUGAGGAUGAAAAGUUUAUCCAGCUGUUGAAAACGCACAUUGGCAAAUAUCCUGGCGUCAAUUUCGACGGAGACAAAGUGUACAUACCAUCGCCAUUUGCUGCUAUUAUCCAUAAGUGGGAAAAACUUCAAGAAGUAGCCAAAGAAACUCCCCGCGACCAGGCACAUGAAGAUCUCGCAAAUCUCCUAGAGCGUGUGGAGACGGCUCCAGAAUUGCAGAACUACUUCAAACUCCGGGAGUCCUACAUAUCAUCCAAGGUGGUAACGUUUGAGACGUUAUGGACAAUCUUUGCUCCAGGCGAGCUAAUAGUAGCUCGCCCGUAUAUGAAGCGACCACAGAUAUUGAGGGUAAACGACUCCCCAAUUCCUUUUAGCCUGAGCAAGUCCUACAAAUACCUCGUCAUGUGGGCUUGGUGCUGGGACUGGGACGGCAGGAAGAUGAUUAAAGUCCAAUACAGGUUCAAAUUUGAGAAUUUCCGUGGAACAAAACCAAUUACCGAAUUACCUUCUUAUCCACUCGGACUUCAUGACGGAGUUGAUGACUUGAAGGUCACAAUACUCAAGGAGUCACGAACUUUCAUCAACGCGACCGCUCUCUGUAAACCAGGAGCUGGGCAAAUGUUUCGUUACAACGGCUUGGCUUACGCAGAUCGGCGCCAAAUUCUGGGUCAAGAAGAAUCUAUUGAAGUCAUCAAUGGAGAAAUCAUUGCCGAUGCUCAGGCAUUUCUCCAACACGCGAGCGGGGUGCAUGCGCUGGGAGAACUCGCCGACUCAAGCUUCAUAUAUAUUGACGUGCAGCAAAAGUCUUCUGAAGAGGCUUCUGACUUUUCAAAGCUGUUGAGAAGCCUUCCUCAGGAAGGGCCACUGGACUCCUCAAACGAGGAUUUUCUCCUAUUACCACCCCGCUUGCUUGGUUAUGCCACACGGGAGAAGAUAUGGGGCCAAUUCAGCUUGGAAUACACAGAAAAGUCUCUUGGUGAACAGAAAGAGAAGUUCGAGAACGACCUGCAGCUAGACAUGAAAUACAAAAAUCUCAUACAGGCACUUGUGCGGUCACAUCAACAGGGUCAGACGAAAGGGACGUCUGACAAGCAGGUUGAAGACGUAGUCGCCGGGAAAGGCAAAGGGCUGGUCUUGUUGCUCCAUGGGCCGCCAGGUGUUGGCAAAACUCUCACAGCAGAAACCAUUGCGGAAGCCACCGGGAAGCCUUUGGUCGUCGUUAGCGUGGCUGAAAUUGGUCUCGAUGCCUCAAAAGCAGAACGAAGCUUGAACAGGUUGUUCAGUUUGGCUACAAAAUGGGAGGCCGUACUUCUCGUAGAUGAGGCCGAUGUCUUCCUUGAGACUCGCGGUGCGACGUCUGAUGCGUCACGAAAUGCUUUGGUAUCUGUCCUUUUGCGCGUCUUGGAGUAUUAUCAAGGCAUAAUCAUCCUGACAACAAAUCGCAUCAAAUCUAUCGACGUGGCGGUGAUAUCUCGUAUCCACCUUGCGAUACGGUAUGAGGAUCUCACCGACGUACAAAUGAGGUCCAUCUUCAAAUACUUUCUGGACCGACUAGGAGACGACUUGAUCAAGAACAGGGCGGAAAUAGACCAUUUUGUCAGCUCGUACGGACAUCAUUACGGGCUUAAUGGCCGGCAAAUCAGGAAUGUCGUAUAUGCUGCGUUGGCCGCUGCCAGACACGAGAUGGAUCAUCCGGAGAAAGCGCCACACCGCUAUCCACCUGGCCGCCCCGACGGAAGACUGACGGCUGAUCAUCUGAAAGAGGUUUGUGAUAUGACUCGGCAAUUCCAGGAGCAACUCAAGGAGAACACAAUGCAACAGAGAUAUGCAAAUGAAGUUCCAGGCAGGAGCUCUGGUUACCGAGCCUUUUAA